UAUCUAUUCAUCGAUCUCGAGAUGUGGUGCUGUGUUCAUCGUCCUCUGUCACUCUCCCUAUACUGCCCGCACUGUAAAUGGCCGAACAUUUGUGUCCGUUUUCAUCAAUUUGAAUGCAUCUGACACCAUUCCUCCUCUCCUUUUACUGUUUCUCACUAUUGCGCACUUCCAUUUCUGACUCAAAACAAAUCCUAGCUCGAGUUUGAAGAUCCGAAUUCAAACAAGUAGAAUUCUAUUUUCUUUUUUUACAGGUUUUCGAAUGGUAAAAAUCUAUAUAGAUAGAUAUGUAUUUGAUGUUGACAUAUGAGACUAAUUAUGAUAUUGAAAUUGGCAUAAAUAUUAGUGCAUAUGCAAAAUCCUAAAAUAGCAGAGUCUACUACUUACUAGCAUCUAAUUAGGAGAAUUCGAAGAAUUCAAAGAAGUAAAACUACAAUGUCUUCUUCUUCAACUACUACAACUACAAUUAGAAAAGCUCCUGUGAGUCCAACAAAAAGAGAUCAGAUCAAUCACGAUGAUGAUAACUUCAACUUGAAAGAAUGGGGACUCAAGUCACGACUCGUCAGCCGCGACAACACUGGCUCUAGAAGAUUCUCCGCCUCCUAUAUCAGAACCAUUAGAGAAGUCGAUGCCGCCAGAUCUUUCAGAUCCAACUUAACCGUCUCCUCGACUACUGCUUCUUCUCCCGCCUACAACUACUUAACAGAGGAAAUUGAUCCAUCAACGUAUUCCUUCACCACUGCUCUUAGAGCAUUGCAGGCAAGAUCAUCCAACUGCUGGGAAUUGCAAUCUCCAGAAUCAGGAUUAACUCUGAAUUCGAAAUGGAACGAAGCUGAAAAGUAUAUAUGUAAUCCGUUCUCUGGAGAGGUACCUAUGGAGUGUUUGUCUGCUAAAACGCUAGGAAACGCAUCGUUUCGCCAUUUAAGAGGAAGGAUCACCAUGUCUGCUCCUCUUGUUUACUCAAAACAAGCCUACUAUCAAAACAAUAACAUUGAUAAGACUAAAGAUCAUGAACUUCUCUUCCCUGUUCAAGAGAAGAUCACAGAAGCAGACCCCAAAGACGUUGGAACUCAGUGCGCUGAAUCACAUUUGAUCAGUUACAGUAGUAGUAAUUGUAGUCCUGUUCCAGCUAAUUCUACUCCUUCCAUUAAAGAUAGACCAGUGAAGCUUCAAGUUGAAGAAGAGUCUCCUGUCUCUUCCAUAACAAGAUCCAUGUCUGAGGAAAAGUUGGAGGUGAAAGAAACAAGAGAGGAUAAUAAUGAAGAGACAAAAAGAAGCAGAGAGAAUGAUGAAAAGGAGAAGAAGCAAAAAGGUGAUGAGAAAAAGAAGAAAGUGGGAAAGCAAGUUGGUGAGUGCUUUUCUUUCAGGGGCUGCAGCCUUUGGACAAUGAUAACGAGACAUCAACAACAACAUCAUCAUACAGGAGAAAGAGAAAGAGAUCCAAGAAAGAACAAUGCUUCUGUUCAUCCUCCAUAUUCAUAGCAGGUCUUCUUCAUAAACUCUCUCUAUAUAAAUAUUCUCUAUACCUAUUUAUGUUCAUUCAAAUUUGAAUCUAUCAAUAUUUAUUUGUUUUGUUCACCCACCACAAUGACGUGUAAUCCUGCUUUAUAUAUUAAAUUAUUAUUUUUGUGA